GCAUGAAGUGUCGUUACGCUUGCGACUAAUGGUUGGAUAAUGCAUUAAUCUGUACAGUGAAGGCUUUCAUAGGAUCCUGAUUGCUGGAGUGUGGUUGAGCUGGGGUUUUGGUGUGAGAGUAUUACGUGGGUUUUCCGUCUCCAAGAUGAAACAUCUCUGUGUGAUGUUUCUUCUUCUGUGCUGCACCAAAGUGACCAAAACAGCAAUUCCAAAGGUUGUGGCUCCACUCAACCCUGUCCAUGGUGUAGUUGGUGAUGACCUGAUCCUGCCCUGUUCCCUUGAGAACAAUGUCAGUGCAGUGGACAUGGAGGUGCAGUGGAUUAUUAAUGGAAACCAACUGGUGCAUAAGUACAGAAGACACAUGGACGUAACUGAUCAGCAGCUUGAAGCAUACCGUGGCAGGACGAGUCUGUUCAGAGAAGAGCUGCAGAGGGGCAACAUCUCACUAAAGCUCAGAUCAGUCAACAUCUCAGACACAAACACAUACAGGUGUUAUAUCAAUACUAAUGAGGGGACUGAGGAUGCUUCUUUUGAAGUCCAAAUUAAUGAGCUGGGAAAUGAACCAGAGAUAUCUACAAAGAGCCAUUAUAAUGGCAGUGGCACUCUGGAGUGCAAGUCUACAAACUGGGAAAUUGAGCCUACAGUGGAGUGGAUGGACAGUAAAGGAAACAUCCUUGAGCAUGCAGAAAAUUCAACAUACUGCUACGACAUUAUCCAAAGAAGUGUAACUGUGCAGAAGCAGCAUGGGUACAACUACACAUGCAGAGUGUCAUACCUACACCACAGAAAAGAAACGUUUUUUGAAGUUCCUCAGGACUUGUUUAGCCAAUGGCGGCACCGUCGGAUUCUUUAUGCCCUAUUGGUUCUUUUGUUCCUCAUCUGUGUGAUCCUCCCACUGUCAGGGUUGUGGUCUCAUGACAAGAAAAAAAAGGACAAAUGCAAUGUUUUGCAGAAGUACAAAGAUUCACUGAUCUCUACAUUGAAGGACACAUCCCUUUACAAGGAGCUUUUGAUCAUUCAUGGCCACAGAGAAAUGCACACCGGGGAAGACGCACCUAUGUCCUCAAAGAAGGAUUAUAUGGAGACCAGAGUGGAGCAGCUCUUUAACAAACAAGACCGCAAUCUGAUCAUUCUCCAGGGUGAACCUGGACAUGGCAAGUCCUUCACAGCACAGAAGAUCAUGCACGACUGGGCACAAGAAACCUUUACCUCCUGGUCAUUGUUUGAUCUGGUUGUUCUCCUGAAGUGUGAUGAGCUGGCUUUCUCAUCACAGGCAAAAAGUUUGUUGGAGAUCAUAAGCGAUAAUCAAAAGUACAAAUCACUGAUAAAGGAUUUUUUUGUUCAGUCACCACAUAAGGUACUCUUCCUUAUUGAUGGUCUUGAUGAAUUUACUUUCUCUGAAGAAGACAUUAAGGAAUCUCCUACAGAUCCAUUCACUCCAGCCUCAUCUAAAGCUAUUCUGUGUGGUUUGUUGAGGGGACAUAUUCUACCUGUGUCCUCCCUGCUGGUCACCACCAGACCCUUUGCCUCUGACAGACUGAACUUUCUGCUCAAAGGACGCACAUGGAGAUUUGCUGAGAUCCGAGGCUUCACAGAAGAGAGAAUCGAAGAAUAUUUCCAAAAGUUCUUUAAAGGGGAGAAUACAGGUGUUUACGAGGAAGUGAAAAGAAAUGAAAUGCUGUUCGCCUCCUGCUAUAACCCUUUUUUGUGCUGGAUCACCUGUACAGCUCUGCAGAAGUCAACUGAGAGCUCAAAAGAGCUAGUUCAAGUGGGAACAACAACCUCCAUAUUUUGGGGAUUAAUUACUAAACUGCUGCAGCAACCGGAGCUACAAGAUAAGAGACUGGACUUCCUUAACCACCUUCAUGAACAAGCCAAAGGAGUGAUAGAAAAGAGGAAGACCGAGAUUGACUUGAGUAGAUAUCCACUUCAGGAUUUUGACUGUGUUUUUAGGAAUGUUAACACUGACCAUAAGGAGAUGUUCAGAUUCAGACAUCAGAGUCUUGUGGAGUUCUUCUUUGCUCUCGGCUAUGUCAUCCCAGAGAAGGAAGGGGCGGGAAGAGAGGUUGAGGAACUCUUGAUUUCAGCACAGAGUGACUUACAUUCAAAGUUUCACCUUCAGCCUGUUCUGAAGUUCCUAUUUGGUUUGUCAAAUGAGACUGUCAGAGACUCUCUUUGCAGCACAUGUGGACCCGAAUCCUCCACAUCAUCCCUUCGUCUUCAGACUCAGUUGAAGGAGUGGAUCCUGGCUAGAGGCAGCAUCCUUUCCCAAGAGAAAAGGUCUUCUCUUUUCCUGCUCCACUGUCUCUAUGAGCUCCACGAUGAACAGUUUGUCAGGAAAGUCAUGCAGCCUUUAGAGGCCAUGGUUUUCUCUUACAUUCCUUUGACACAAACAGACUGCUUCAUGAUAAAAUAUUGCUUUGAUGCACAUCCUGCCAUCAAACAACUGGAUCUCCGACACGGCAAUCUCACAGCUGAAAAACUAAAGCAACUGCAGCCUGUGUGGGAAAAACUAGAAUAUAGUCAACUUUGGCUGUCUGUUGAUGGCAUGGAAAGCACUGACAUGGAAGGGCUCAUUGAAUCACUGGAGAAAGGAAUCAGCUCAAGGCCGACUGCUGAUGGCUUGGUAAGCUCUGAAAUUGAUGGACUGACUGAAUCACUGGAGAAAAGAAUCCCCUCAAGCAGCUCAUCCGAGCUGAAUGAACAGGUGUCUGGAAGUGAGGACUCAAAGAAGUCAGUGAAUUUACAGUUUUCCUCAGUGAAGAGCUUCCCACUGGAAACUGCAUCCAAGUUUUUAAGCAUAUUUCAAAAGACAAAUACUCUCUUCAGUUUAAACAUUGAAGUGGAUACAAAUAGCACCAGCAAUGGCAAUCUCUGUCCAUCCCUCUCUGCAGGGACAGAUGGUCUACUUUUCACUCUAACUGUAGGAUACCGUAAAGCUGAAAACAGUGGAACACAGCAGACAGAAGUCCUCUUCAUCCGUCUCUCCUUGCCUGCAUCUAUGACAGCCAUUAACUGGAAUGAAUUCCUACCUAACGUCCAACAUCUAACAUUGGAAGACCUGAACUGGCAUGAGGAUGAUGGACACCUUUUUAGGACUCCUGACCUCAAAAAGCUAGAGAUUGGGCUGACCUACCUGCCAAAGACCUGGGAUUCUGACAUCCUGUACUACAUGCAUAAGUCUCCCAGUCUACUGGACAUUAUUGUCCAGGUGUCUAACAAAACAGCCAGCCAGGAAAUGAGUGUGUUCUCUUCUCUUACCUUGAAAAGGGAUAUGCUCAAUCCAAGGUCCCUGGGACUCCAGUUAAUUAAAGAAAAACUAAAGUACAUGUCUCGUCGAGAGUUACAUGAAUGGAUGCAAACCAUCUACUCUUUGAGUGACCCAUCUGGACAGAAGGACCCUGUUUUCAGGUUGGAAGCCAAAGACUUCACCUCAACCACACCAACAAUCUCUCUCAUCAUGUCCACCUCAGAUGACUUCUCUCCAGCUAAUUCUGCAGUCCUCUUGAAAAACAUUUUGGCGCUGGGUGAAACAGAAGGAAAUCCGGAGGAUUGUGUGAAAGAUGUCCUCUCACUGUCAGCUGUCACUGUUCACAAAUUGGAGCUGAAGCUGAGAUGUAUCUCUGUGGGCUUGGCUGUUAUGCUGCUCUCCUUCAUGGAAAACUGCAAGAAUAAGAUAAUUGUUUCCAUUAAGACCAAAGAAAAGAGAGAUGACAGCAUUUGCUCAAAACUCUACAUGGAAAAAGAUGACCACUAUUUCAAAUUGUCAGUUGAGGACCAGCAAGCCUACUCGAGUGGCUACACAGCUCCUGCUCUGACUUCCUUAACACUCCAAUCAGAAUCACCUUUUGGUAUGGACUUCCAGAAGCUGCAUGAACCUUUAAAUAAGAGUGACAUAAAACUGGAUGAGUAUGUACCAGAUCUCAUCCCCACACUCAAUAUGCAAAAAGUGGAGAUGAAAGUGAAAUGUAUCACAGUGAGCCUGGCUGGAACAGUCCUCUCCUAUUUGAGUAAACACCCCAUCAAACUAAGUGUUUCCAUUGAGAGCCACGAAACAAAUGAUGAGGCUAGUUUCUGCUCAAGACUUUAUGUGAAAAAAUAUGACAAAGGUUUCAGGUUUUCAGGUAGGCUGAUGACAGGGAAAAGAUUGUUCCAUCAAGGUCCUGGCAUCACCCUCAAAGCAAAGUCAUCCUUAGAUGUGAACUGGGAGCGCUUCUUGCUGGAAUGUCACACUCUUGAACAAAGUAACAAAGAAGAACUGAAACUUCCUGAAGUUGGUGUCGUCAUCUCCAAAUCCGAUGUGGAGGAGGUGAAGCUUACGUCAAGUUGUAUCUCAGUGAGAUUGGCUGAAAUCAUCCUCACCUCUUUGAAUAAACACCCUAACAAAAUAUGUGUUUCCAUUGAGAGCAAGACAAAUGGAGAUGUGGACAGCAUUUGCUCAAGUCUUUAUAUGGAAAAAGAUGAGAACGGUUUCAGGUUGUCAAUUGGUGGUUGUCGUAUGAGCUUGGAUACAAACAGAGAUGCUAAUCUGUCUGAAAUCACAUUCAAAUCCAAGUCAUCCUCAGAUUUGGACUGGAAAGGCUUAUUCAGUAACACAGGGCGUGUAGUUGAUCACAUCUUCAAGCCUAAUGUGGAAAAGGUGGAGCUGAAGGUGGACUGCAUCACAGUGAGCUUGGCUGAACUGGUCCUCUCCUAUUUGAUUAAACACCCUGGCAAACUAUGUGUCUCCUUUAAGACUCAAGGACGGAUGAGGAAGAUGGGUUUUUGCUGUAGCCUCCGUAUGGAAAAAGAUGAGAGCGGCUUCAGGUUGUCAAUUGUUGGUGAGAAAGUAAGCCCACCUUCUCUGUUUGCCAUCACAUUCAAAUCAAUAUCACAGACAGCAGACAGUGUUCAGGGCUGGACCUCCCUCUUCAGCAAAAUACACAGCAGUGAGAUACUGAGCGAGAUGUCAGCAUGUACAUCAGAUGUGGAUGACCGUGUUAAGGCUUUCCUGUCCUCUCUGUCCAACCUGACUGGUCUAAAAGAAAUGGAGUUGGUUGUGGACAGCUUGAGUGAUGGCAUUAAAGAUGGCAUCUACUCCCUCAUGGAAGCCUGCACCAGCCUGCAAGAAUUUAGGGUGGUAAAAGCUAUUGAUGUUAGGAGAGUCACAACAGAUGAUCAUGACAGAUGGAGAGCAGAAGAUGAAACAUUUGAUUUCACCUUCAUAGUUAGAAAGGAGGAUUUGCUGCAUAAAGUGUGAAGAUGAAGUGAGAAAUAAUGGUGCCAAUGCAGGCAGUUUUCCUGAUUUUGAUUUGGGUGUUUACUCUUUGUCUUUUAUUUAGUUAAUCUUCUACUAUUUUCUGAAACAUGAGAUGUGAUGUAAUUGUUUUCAUAGGCACAACAAACAUUUUACUUUACUUUGAUAGUCACAAUAUUCAAGCUAUAUUUUGUUUCAUACUGUUUAAUUGUUUUACAUGCUAUGUUUAUGUGCCACUCUUCUCUGUAUUAAUACAUUUGUACCCACUUGAGGCGUGAUUGUACGUGUGCGUAAAAACAUGCACAAACAAGCGGCACCAGAGACACUUAUAUAUGAGGAGACACUGCACUGGAAAAAUCGCCCAUUGAAAAGCAUGGGGUAACUUCGUAACGCGAAAGAUGGCGGUUGUUUACACCGGUUGGCUAUGGUUGCACAUGUCCCGCCUCUUCCAGUGCCGUUGCUCCAAUCAUUUUGCCGAUCCUUGGCGGUCACGCUUUUUGAAAGCUGCGUCGUGAAGAAUAGAGCAUGCGCAGUCCAAAAUUACCAGUAAGAAAAAGGCUUUUUAAGCGUUAAUUUGAUACAAAACCACCAAACCUUUUCAGCGAUUUUAGUCAGAUUUUCAUCGCGAUUUCAAACAUGUGAUUUUUAUGUCUCUUACACCUCGGAACAUGGACAUCCAGCUCUCUCCCCAUUCAUUUAGAUAGAGCCUGGUCUUGUUCCGGUCAAAGUCGCUGCCCGACCCCAUGGCCAAUAUGGCUGCCGAGUGACGUGACUUGCUUUAAAAAGACUUUGGCGGCACUAAGUGCUUUUUGCAGGAGCAGAGAAUGGCGAGUUGCGCUUUUUCCGUGUCAUAUGUAUGCAUUUAUGGGAAUGUCAAGGGAAAAGUGUAAUUUUUGCCUAAAAAGAUGGAAGGAAAAGCAUAAAAUGCACCUAAUUACAUAUUCUUCUGUGUGCAAGAAACUGCCUGUGAAAGCGCACAUUUGUUUUGUGGUGAAAUAUUUCCGUAUAUUUUAAAGAGGAACAAUCCAGGAUUGGCGAUUUCAUCUCUGGUUUCGGUUUCGUUUUUCGUUUUCGCUCGUUUUAUGCUUGCAUAUUUCUCUGCAGAGCUUCCCCGACAGCUUUAGCGUGUAUAUUUAUACAUAUAUAGGCUAUAUAUAAAUAUAUAAAUUGCAAGCGUGGUUCUUCUUGUUCCUUACGCGUCUCUGACUUCCAGAUGUAAACAGCAGACGAUCGUUCAUCAGAAAGUUGCAAGAUUGUAAUAGCGGAUAGGGACACUAGGGGCGGGAGGAAAUGUGACUGUUUUCGAUAAAACUGGUCAGUCAAGCAAAACAACGAUUUCUAAGCGAUUUUAUGACUAUGAAAAAGUUGCAUAGGGUCUCUUUAAAAGCAGGUGUAAUCUAAUUAAAUGGGUGAGUAUAGCGAAAUGUUUAAAGGAGUCAUAGAAUGCAUUUUUUGACCAUUACAAAUUGAUCUUUGAGCCUAAAUGAUGUCAUAUGUAAAUUUGUGGGGCUGAAAACGCCCCAGGAGCACUGCUAGAUCGCCUAAUACAAGGUCAUAAAUAAGCCUUGCAAUGAAACAGUUUGUUUUUCCCGCCCACUCAGCAAGUUCAUGAAUAUUCAAAUGAGAUGCGCGCUGAUUGGUCUAUUGGCCGAUAUGUCCUGAAAGUUGAUUGGCUCAAUCCACCGGUCUGAAGCUAGAGCAAAGUGAAACUACGUUUACUGCUGGUAAAUAAAGCCAAAGUCUUUGAUAAAGCUAUCAACAAUGGAUUUAAAUAAGGAAUACAGCCGUACAUGUAUAAACCGAGUCAGAAGAAGGCUCUGACGAAGAUGAAGUGCAGCAGAUUCCCCAACAGAAUGAAUGUGUUAGAUUGGUAAGUUUUAUCAGUACAUUUCUUAGUAUAGUAACUCUCUAAAGUUAGCUGUAAUAACGCUAGCAUUACAAUGUCUCUGCCAUAGACCACAUAUCUAGAUACUAGCAUCGUAAGAGCAGUUUAACGAGAAUUAUUAAUCGAAGGUAUGCAAAUGAGAGGGGGUGGAUCUAAAGGGGGAUGGGCGCCUAUUACGUGUUAUCUGAGCUCUGUUCAGAUUGGAGCAUUUCAACACGGCUGUUUCUAUUUCCCAAUUUGCAUACGAAAGCAGGCGGGGGACGCGGUAAAGUCUUUGGUGUUGUCCUUUGGACACUGCUCGCAGCCUAAAUUCAACAGGAACAAGGUGAAUGUGGUUUUGAAUUCUAGGACUCCUUUAAAGACAACAGGAUUGGUAUUCAGAGCACCAGUUUCGCUUCUUUGUCUAUGACAGAAGCAACUUUCGUUGGCCUUACUAAUGUCCAGGGUUCUUCAGGGGGUAAGGAAUUUCUGGAAUAUCAUGGUAUUUUGGAAAAUCUAUUCCAGACACGGAAAGUCAGGGAUUUUUAUAUUUUUUUAUAUCAUUUUUGGGGGAAAGUCAUGGAAUAUCAGGGAAUGUAAUUGUAAUGGUUUAGAAUGUACUUGCCAAAAUGCAUUAAUAUAAAUAUAUUCUCACAGGUGUGAGACUUAGACUUAUUGUGGUUAAUCAGACUUUGUUUAUUCAAGGCCUUUGCAUUCAUCUUCUGCUCCAAAAAAGUAAAAGAUUCUUGAAAGCUGUGCAGCUGGAGGGAGUUGCCCGUUUUGGGAGGAGCAACCCCAAAAUCUGGGCGUUUACCAUAGCCUAAGCCUUCGUAGUUCAAAUCUAUCCAUUUCUCUUCAACUUGACCAAAGUCCUCUGCUCUGUUGUUGAGCAGCAUAGUAGUUUAUAUUCUCCUGUCUCUUCAUUCAUUUGUAAUGGAGGCUUGUAUUGAUAUGACAAUCUCUCUAAUGUACUUGAAACUGCAGGUGUCAGUCUACAGCUUCAUUAGAUACAUUGAUAUUAUGAGAAGCCAUUGAAACUUUCUUUCUCAACAGUGAGUUUUUUUUUUAAUUAUGAAUCGACACACCUCAAGCACGUCUUGACUCUUUAUAAACAAACCUCAAAUCAAAAGUGAAUUUCUGUGAAGUCAGUUCUUUAUUAGGCUAUGUGAAGACACACCAUUUUACUGUUGGCCGUUCUCUAUAUAUUCAGUUCACCAUGCUUAGUGUGUGUUUUUUUCUGGAUUUAAAUGCCAUUCAGAAGGUCAAUGAGAAAUCAUAGCCAUCUUGAUUUCAAACUUGCGUGCUGUGGAUGUCACAGAUGUGGGAAUGGGAGAACACGCUUAACUGAAAAGUGCGCAACUGAAGUGCGUAAAAAAAGCGCGUAUUUUCUUAAAGGGAGUAGAAUACUCGACAUUAUCUCUCUGCUUGUUGACAUCUCAUCAUGUAUUGUAUUAUUUUGUGACCGCUAAACAUUUCACUUAUCACUUGACUCCAUUCAACUGCAUUUGUGAUUGAAUCAUUACAUUCCAGUUGGGGCAGCACAAAUUGCUGUAUAGGGUGGAGAAAGGCACUGAAUACCCAACGAGCUACAAGCAUGAUAAUUAACACGUAAUAUGAAGAAGCCUUGUGUGCGCUUUCUACAGUUUGGCCAUGGCACUGAUAGUGCUGCGUUCACAAAUAAUCAGGUCCUGAAUCUUUGGCCCAGCCUGAAGGCUUUUGAAAUAUGAGAGCUAGUUUUAUGAAACAUGCAAUUUUAACUGUUAAUGUUUUAUAAAUGUGAAAGGUUUAUUUAGGCUACAUCAUUCCUUUAAUGUUGAGUCUUGUUUUACUUAAUGGAAGUUUUUGUAUGUUUUUUUCUACUUGCCCAUAUUGAACAUUGGAGGCAAUUUUGGACAUUUUUGUAUUUUAUACCUUUUAAUGAAUUGAUUAAAAAUCACCAGCAUAUUCAAAUUCGG